CUACGGGUGCCCGGAGGAGGACGUGUGCACAUCCUCCUUGCACCACGAGAGGCGCCGGUUUCUCUAGCGGUAGCGCCUGCUCGUGCGGAGACUGCAGCUUCUGACUGCUUCUCUUUCCUUUCCUCCUCCAUCCCUUCCACAUCCCACAGCUUAGUGUAGCACGAACUUUCCAACUGAGGACUGUGGAAACCAACUAGGUUGAAAUGGAGAACCAAGAAUCAACAGAUUCUUCUCAGAAUGCUAAACAACACAUUAUUUCAGAGGAGUUGAUUUCAGAAGGAAAAUGGGUCAAAUUUGAAAAAACAACUUAUAUGGAUCCAACCGGUAAAACUAGAACUUGGGAAACCGUGAAACUUACAACCAGGAAGGGAAAAUCUGCUGAUGCUGUGUCAAUCAUCCCCGUGCUGCAGAGAACUCUUCAUUAUGAGUGUAUUGUUCUGGUGAAACAGUUCCGGCCCCCGAUGGGUGGCUACUGCCUGGAGUUUCCAGCAGGACUCAUCGAAGACGGUGAGAGCCCGGAAGCAGCUGCCCUUCGGGAGCUGGAGGAAGAAACUGGCUACAAAGGUGAUGUUGCAGAAUGCUCUCCAGCUGUGUGUAUGGAUCCAGGCUUGUCAAACUGCACCACACAUGUUGUGACAGUGACCAUCAAUGGGGAUGAUGCAGGGAAUGUUAGGCCAAAGCCCAAACCAGGGGAUGGAGAAUUUGUGGACGUGAUUUCUUUACCAAAGAAUGAUCUGCUGGCUAGACUUGACGCUUUGGUAGCAGAAGAACAUCUUACAGUGGAUGCCAGGGUCUACGCCUAUGCUCUGGCACUGAAACAUGCGAACUCGAAGCCAUUCGAAGUGCCUUUCCUCAAAUUUUAAGGCCAAGGAGGACACUGGCCAUGUUUUAUAAAUGAGACCAUAAGGCCUUUACUUACUAUUCGGUGUAUUCACUUAGGUUUAAUGUAGAUUGAAAAUCAGCUUUUUCAUAAAAUAAAAGCAGCACAGACCACGUGGUAUGGAAUUAUAAUUACAGAGAGGAUGUAACCUUCAUUUUAAAUUUGUUUAAUCAUAAAAAUGAACAUAAAUAUUGGUGGCUAUGUUUAAACUUCUUAAACCUCACCUAGUCUAGAAGGUGGGAUAUUUCUCAGGAAUAGACUUGAGCUCCAAAUUAGGUCAGCUAUUUCUACCCUCAACUCCUAAAAUAAAAAUUAUGUACUUAAGUCUGCAAA